AUGUAUGGAUUGGGUACAGACACAGUAUCAAAACUGACCCACCCUCCAUGAAUGUGAUAUUUGUGUAUAUAACUAAUAAUAUAUUUGCUGUUACUAUUGUCCAUGGUGGUCCCUUCUAACUGGUAACUACUUAAGAGUCUUAGACUACUAUGCCUUUCAACUUUCAAAAGGGAAGUGAAGCCUGUGAAGGGACUCAGAUACAUGAGACAGGGAGUUGCCUCCUAACUUCUAAUUGCUACACUUCCUCUUCAUAUACAUACCCAUUUCCAUGCUUUUCUUAUUCUUCAACUAGUUUGGACUUGGAGGAGGUCGCGGGAUCUUACUUAACUCAGCUUUCUUUUAUAUCGCUUUCCUCAGCCCAACAAGGUGAAAAUGUCCUCUUCAAGGCCAAGCCAAUCAUCUAACAAUUCAGGGAGGUCAAGACAUAGUGCUAGGAUUAUUGCUCAGACCACUGUAGAUGCAAAGCUUCAUGCAGACUUUGAAUCAUCGGGUAGUUCCUUUGACUACUCGAGUUCAGUGCGAGUUACCAACUCAGUUGGUGAACAGCAACCUAGGUCUGAUAAAGUAACUGCAGCUUAUCUUCAUCACAUACAGAAAGGCAAGCUGAUCCAGCCAUUUGGGUGCUUGCUAGCCUUAGAUGAGAAAACUUUCAAAGUCAUUGCAUACAGUGAAAAUGCCCCUGAAAUGUUGACAAUGGUUAGUCAUGCAGUCCCAAGCGUUGGAGACCACCCAGUUCUUGGAGUUGGAACUGACAUAAGGACAAUCUUUACCGCCCCCAGCGCCUCUGCAUUGCAGAAGGCCCUAGGAUUUGGAGAGGUUUCUCUUUUGAAUCCCAUUUUGGUCCACUGUAAGACCUCUGGGAAGCCCUUUUAUGCGAUUGUCCAUCGAGUAACAGGUAGCUUGAUCAUUGACUUUGAACCCGUGAAGCCUUAUGAAGUUCCCAUGACUGCUGCUGGGGCCCUGCAGUCAUACAAACUUGCAGCCAAAGCAAUUACCCGCUUGCAGUCUUUAGCUAGUGGGAGUAUGGAGAGGCUCUGUGAUACUAUGGUUCAGGAGGUGUUUGAACUCACAGGUUAUGAUAGGGUGAUGGCUUAUAAAUUUCAUGAUGACGACCAUGGUGAAGUGGUCUCUGAGAUCACAAAGCCUGUUCUGGAGCCAUAUUUAGGUUUGCACUAUCCAGCCACUGAUAUUCCUCAGGCUGCACGCUUUCUGUUUAUGAAGAAUAAGGUCCGUAUGAUUGUUGAUUGUCGUGCUAAACAUGUCAAGGUGCUUCAAGAUGAGAAACUUCCUUUUGAUCUAACCUUGUGUGGUUCAACCUUAAGAGCUCCUCACAUUUGCCAUUUACAAUAUAUGGAAAACAUGAAUUCUAUUGCAUCUCUAGUAAUGGCAGUUGUAGUGAAUGAGGAGGAGGAAGAGGGUGACAGCCCUACUUCUGUACAACCACAGAAAAGAAAGAGACUUUGGGGUUUAGUAGUCUGCCAUAACUCGACUCCAAGGUUUGUUCCAUUCCCUCUUAGGUAUGCCUGUGAGUUUCUGGCUCAGGUAUUUGCCAUACAUGUCAAUAAGGAGCUGGAGUUGGAGAAUCAAAUCGUUGAAAAGAACAUCCUGCGUACUCAGACUCUCUUGUGUGAUAUGCUUAUGCGGGAUGCUCCCUUGGGCAUUGUGACACAGACCCCAAAUAUUAUGGAUCUUGUCAAAAGUGAUGGGGCUGCCCUGUUAUACAAGAACAAGAUAUGGAGAUUGGGAGUGACUCCAAGUGACUUCCAGAUACAUGAUAUAGCAUCUUGGCUCUCUGAAUACCAUAUGGAUUCCACAGGUUUGAGUACAGAUAGCUUAUAUGAUGCGGGUUUCCCAGGGGCCCUGGCUCUUGGAGAUGUAGUCUGUGGAAUGGCAGCUGUAAGGAUAUCUUCCAAGGACAUCAUUUUCUGGUUCCGGUCACACACUGCUUCAGAGAUUCGUUGGGGUGGUGCAAAGCAUGAACCGGAUGAGAAGGAUGAUGGUAGGAGGAUGCAUCCAAGAUCAUCGUUCAAGGCUUUCCUUGAAGUUGUCAAAACAAGGAGCUUACCUUGGAAAGACUACGAAAUGGAUGCAAUCCAUUCUUUGCAGCUUAUAUUAAGAAAUGCGUUCAAAGAUGUUGAAGCUGUGGAUAUAGACAGCAAAUCAAUCCACUCAAAGCUCAGUGACCUCAAAAUAGAAGGGAUGAAAGAACUUGAAGCAGUCACAAGUGAAAUGGUCCGUCUCAUUGAAACAGCUACAGUGCCAAUUUUGGCAGUUGAUGGUGAUGGACUGGUUAAUGGAUGGAAUACAAAAAUCGCUGAGUUAACAGGUCUUCCCGUUGAAAAAGCAAUAGGAAAGCAUUUGCUCACACUUGUGGAAGAUUCUUCAAUUGACACAGUCAAAAGGAUGCUAUUCUUGGCAUUGCAGGGUCAAGAGGAGCAGGGCAUUGAAUUUGAGAUCAAAACAUAUGGAUCUAAGACUGACACCAGCCCCCCCAUCAGUUUAGUUGUGAAUGCUUGUGCAAGCAGGGACCUCCAUGAAAAUGUUGUUGGUGUUUGUUUUGUGGCACAAGAUAUCACUGGUCAGAAAAAUGUGAUGGACAAAUUCACCAAGAUUGAAGGUGAUUACAAAGCAAUCGUACAAAACCCAAACCCAUUGAUACCCCCCAUAUUUGGUACAGAUGAAUUUGGAUGGUGCUCUGAGUGGAAUCCAGCGAUGGAAAAGUUAACUGGGUGGAAAAGAGAGGAAGUGGUAGACAAAUUACUUUUGGCGGAAGUUUUUGGGACCAACGUGGCAUUAUGUCGGCUCAAGAAUCAAGAGGCUUUUGUUAAUCUUGGCAUUGUACUAAACAAUGCCAUGACUGGUCAGGAUCCUGAGAAGGUUCCUUUUGGUUUCUUUGGUCGGAAUGGAAAGUAUGUGGAAUGCUUAUUGUGUGUGAGUAAGAAAUUGGACAGAGAUGGAGCUGUCACCGGUGUCUUCUGCUUCUUGCAGCUUGCCAGUCAAGAGCUACAACAAGCACUUCAUGUCCAGCGAUUGUCAGAACAAACUGCCAUGAAGAGAUUGAAAGCAUUAGCUUAUAUUAAAAGGCAGAUACGGAAUCCUCUUUCUGGGAUCAUAUUUUCUCGGAAAAUGCUGGAGGAAACUGAGCUAGGAGCAGAACAGAAACAACUUUUGCUUACUAGUUCGCAGUGCCAGCACCAGCUCAGUAAGGUUCUUGAUGACUCAGAUCUUGAUAGCAUCAUUGAUGGCUACUUGGAUCUGGAAAUGGUUGAGUUCACCCUGCAUGAAGUGUUGGUGGCCUCUAUCAGUCAAGUCAUGGUGAAGAGCACUGCAAAGGGCAUCCAAAUAGUCAAUGAAACAGCAGAAGGGUUCAUGAGUGAAACCUUAUAUGGAGAUAGUAUUAGGCUUCAACAGGUUUUAGCUGAUUUCUUGCUCAUAUCAGUUACUUUUACCUCAAAUGGAGGUCAUCUUACAGUUUCAGCUAAUUUAACCAAAGAUCAGUUAGGACAAUCUGUUCAUCUUGCACGUUUGGAGCUCAGGAUAACACAUACGGGUGGGGGGAUACCCGAAGCAUUGCUGAACCAAAUGUUUGGAACUAAUGGAGACAUAUCUGAGGAGGGCAUUAGCCUGCUUAUUAGCAGGAAGCUGGUAAAGCUUAUGAAUGGAGAUGUGCAGUAUCUGAGGGAAGAAGGGAAGUCAACUUUCAUCAUGUCUGUUGAACUUGCUGCAGCCCACAAGUCUCGGGUCUAAUCAAUUUUCGAGGAACUAAGUUCUAUAGCUUUUUGUGUACAGAUAAAAAAUGAUUUUGAAGUUCAAUCCUGAAUUUCCCCCUAGCUUGUUGUUUGAAUCUGUUCAAUUUUAUCUUUGGCCUGUUUGUGUUUGUUCCAAGUUGUAAAUAAUGCAGUUUCAUUUGUCUCUGUGAACAAAUUCACACUUGCUCGAUCAACUGUUAGAAUUUUUUCAUCUUUCUUGUGAUGAAUUGCUUCAAUUUUCUAAUCCAAAGUUGGUGUUUCAGUGAA